UGUCGGUUGUAGUCUCCACAUCUUCUUCAGCCAGCAGAAUAACUAUUUCAUGCGUUAUACAUGUGAAACUAGCUGCAGUUCUCGUGCUUCGCUGCAGGCGGAACACGCGCACCGGCUGAUCGAGAGUUCUGACCGCCCCCGGGCUAAUUGUGAGGACGCGCCCCCGCCGGGUGACAACAGUCAGCCUGGUCGGUCGAGCUCUCUCCUCACUAGCAGCAAGAUGCCAAACCCGCACCGAAAGAGGAGGGGAAACCACCGCGGCCACAAGCACACCGAGCAGUGCGAACCUAGCCUAGAGGCAGACUGCGACAAGGACUUGUCGCCGUUGCGCUCAGAGAGUGGUCGAAUUAUCGACUUCUACGAGAAGAUCUACGAGGAUCACAUGCCCGCUGGCAUCGGCUCCCUGGCUUUCUGCUGCAUGAUCAAGUGGGAUCCAGCCAUCGAGCCGGGGAAGCUGAGCGAGCUGGUCACUGGAUACGUGGAGGACUACGACGAUGAAGAGUACCAGCCAGAAGUAGAUGUAGUGCCGAUCCGCAGCGCAGCAGGCACCACAGAGGCGUUGGUGUAUCUGCGUGAUUCGGCCUGCCUUGACCGUCUCAAGAGAGUGCGGGACUCAAGGUACCGCAUUCGUACAACACAUGCGGCCGUCCGCAUUGCAUCAGACCCGCCGGAUUACCUCGGAUGGGGCAUCUACUGGGAUGUGGUGCAAUGCGAGGAGCAAGCAAGGCAAAACAAGAAUAACCACAGCAACGACAGCUCAUUCCAGACGCCUGAGCUCACUCCAGAGCUGCAGGACUGCAGCACACAGACGGACAAACCAGCAGGGCUCCGACACACCUCGUGUCAGACGCCCGCCGCAGCCAAGUGGAAACACUCUGGCACCCAAACCGCCGUUUUUACGGCAGAGAAAGGUACCAGCACUGCAGCCACAGCACCAGCACCAAGUCAACAACAGCUGCGCACGCCUCGAGACCGCCCAGUGACGCCGGCCCCUCCAGCCAAGAAGAGGGAGGCGGCCGCCACUGUUGCGCGGGAACCAAGACUGCAGCCUGCUGCAGAACAUCGCCAGCAGCCUCCGCAACUGAAGAGAGUGCCCUGGCACUUUGUCGUCCUGCGGGGCGGCGGAGGGGCUGGGGUACCGACCGAAGAAGUGGAGUCUGCACUGCACGAGGCCGGCCACAAACCGACCAAGUGUUGGCGCAUACGCAGCAAGGCAACAGGGCGCCCCACCGGCCUUCACCGAGUGGCUUUUGCUACAUUUGAAGAAGCCACUCGACUCCUGGAGGCCGGCCUAGCCACCAAGGGCGCACAACUCGCAGCUGAACCAGCUCAUAACAGACCGCAGCUCCCCAGGGCCUGGGGCCGCACCGAGCUGCAGUCUACUUCGCGCGGCGCAGUGCUGCAGUUGGCAGAAAUGUUAACUGCGGUUCUGAGCCGCGCUAGGUACACACCGAGCCAGCCGUGGGCAGAGGGGACUUGUCCCCUCCGCCGGCCUAGCCCCUCUUCCCGUUAAAGGGAGGGGGUCAGCAGCCCACGGUCUAGGAACCUCGCCACACACACAACACACUAGCUAACACAGUAAAUCAGUCCAGCCUCUGCCCACACGCAAAUAAAUAAAUCAACACGUUUUUAAUAACAACAUAUAAAUCAAAACAAACUGAGCAGCCAAGGCCAACUGCUCAGCUUAAAUUAAUAUUUUCCCCCCUUCCCACGCCCUUUGAAUUUAAAUUUAAACUUAAAGGGAGGGCUGGACAACACACGAGUUUAAAGUAGAGUCACCACACGAAAUUAAAGUAGAUUAUACCAGGUCAUUUGCAACAAAACACAGCUUCGCAGCUUAUUUAAAAGUCAUUCACAAAAAGUCAAAACCGAAUUCACAUUAGGCAAAACAGGAGGUAAUGGGUCGGCAGUAAGCCACCUGGUACUCCUAAAGGGUCGCGGAGUUCGAUGCCAAGUUGCGGCAUUCGGGCCCCGCGGCCCUCACGGGCGAUGAUGUUAUCCCUUUAUCAGUCAGACGAGAGUCUGCUGAGGGGGUGCUUCAUUAAGCACAGAUACUGAGCCCCUCUUAAUCAAAGGGAUCCACAUAUUUUUUAAUUCAAUGCUCUGCUGGAUGAAAACAUUUUUACUGCUAAUAAUGAAGGCUGAUUCUUUGAUUUUGCUUUUUACUUUAUCGGGUUCUUGUAUGAGUGGUGUGGAGUCUUCCCAGAGAAUAUUGUGGCUAUUUUCCCAUGUAUGUUCAGCAAGUCUGGAUUUUAGGGUUUCACCCUUCUUGCAGUUGUUUUUGUGUUCUUUGAUUCGGGUGGAUAGAGCUCUGCUAGUUUCACCUACGUACACGUGGUCACAUUCACAGGGGAUCUGAUACACAGUUGUGAGUUUGUAAUUUUUCUGUGGCUGGUUUCACCUUGGUAACAAUACUUUAAUAGUAGAUUUAGAACGGAAUGCUGUUUUAAGUCCAUAUUUGUUUCCCAGGCGUAUAAUUUUUUCUGAAAGCCCUUGAACAUACGGAAUGACUAGGGUUCCUACCAGUUUCUCGGUUUCUGUGGAUUUGAGUGUUUUGUUGGAUUUCAUAUGCUGUUUGAUGGUGUUGAUGGGUAACCAUUGGCUACGAGUUCCUUUUUUAUAUGAUUGUGUUCAACCGCAAUAGAUUUCUCAUCAGAACAAAUAAUCUCAGCUCGGUUGGUUAGUGUGUGAAUUAUGCCAGUUUUUGUUGUUUUGGGAUGGUUGGAUGCAAAAUUAAGGUAUUGGCUUGUGUGUGUGUACGUUUCCUGUAUACUUUAUUUUCCAGGCUGUUGUUUUUUCUGCUGACUAGUACAUCCAGGAAAGGAAUGCUACCAUUGGUUUCUUUUUCAUAUGUGAAUUUUAUUGAUGGCCUCAGAGAGUUGAGGUGGUUCACAAAUUCCUCCAAAGUUUCAGGUCCAUGUUGCCAGACAGUGAAGGUGUCGUCUACAUAACGGAGCCAGAUUUUAGGAGGGCUAUUACUUUUGCCAAGUGCUUCUUGCUCAAAGUUUUCCAUAAAUAUAUUGGCCAUAAAUGGUGAAAGAGAAGAGCCCAUUGCCGUGCCAUCGGUCUGUUUGUAGAAAAUAUCCUUGAACUGGAAAUAUGUCGUGGUGACACAGGGGUAAUCAUUUCCAUGAUGGAUGGGAUUGGUAUUACAGUUCUGUCCUUUAGAGUUGGCUCAGCCUCCAUGGAAUAUAAUGUGGUGUUUAUGACCUGUUGACAACAGCAAAUUUUGCUUAAUUUGUGUUUUUGUCUUUUGUUUUUUUUGUAGUUUUCUUCUACAGACAUACAUGUGCUUAGCAAUGGCGUAUGUCCAAAAGCUUACAUCAAGUCAUGCACUCCCAUUGCACAAAUAUUUCAAAGAUAAUAGUAUGUGGUUUGUUGCCAAAUUGUCAGAACAAGCUGACUGUAAAGAUCAAUAAUGAGUUUCAACUGAUGACGCACUUGUUUUGACCCUAUAGUUUCUAAGCUGAAAAUAAAACCGUAAAAUCUUAUCUCUACUCAUGAGGUUCAGGGUUCAUAUGCCUCCUUAAUUUCCUUAUAAAGUCCUUAAUUGGUCUUUAAUUGAAUAAGUGCCCUUCAAACUCUUUAAACUUCAAAACUUUUUAAUAAAGACUGCUAGUGUACAAAUAAUGUAUUUUAAUAUUCAUUUGUUUCCGACUUGGCAGCAGAUAACACAUGCACACUACAAUUUGCGAAUUUCGGGCCCAGUGAUUCGAUUUGAUAUGUAAAAAUUUUUUGAAUUAAUUAUUCAUUAUUAGCAUCUCCCAAAAAUUUGUGUUUUACUGUCCUACUUUGAACUUAUAAAGUAAAUGUAAUUAGUGAUCAAAUUAAAUGUUAGGGCCAUGGAUUUCCGAUACACACUAUUCUUGGGUCACACAUGUGCUUCAGAGAAAUUUCUGGACAACUAACCAACAAAUUUAUUGGUUGUGCAUUAACUGUGUGUUAAAAUUUUUUUUUUUCAGUAUUUUGUGAUAUUGAAAAUAGAUUUGUACCUCUUGAUAGUGGUAAAGUGGACAGUUUGCCCUUCGUCUGUGGUAGGUAGUUUUUUUUUAACACAUUAAAAACUUGUAAAUUUUGCACUGUUUAUGCAUCUUAUGUUUUUUUUUUAAAAUUGGAUUUUAAUAUGUUUUAUAGCAGCUAUUACUAUUCUCAUCCCUGCGUUUAAGUGUGCUACAUAGUUAGUUUGUUCUUUUCCAACAUCUCUGUGUUACAAUGUUAGUGCCGGAAUGCGACCCGAGCGAUCGUGUGCAAGACGGAGGAGCGUUGUCGCCCAGCUGCUAGGUCUCCGGUC